AUCAACAAAAAAAAACUCUCCUCUCCUUCUUAAGAACAAGCCUCUUGGGGGUUUCAUUUAAUCCCAGUUAUCUUCCAAACUUCAUCAAAAUAACUUCUUAGCAAACAAAAAUAUUCUUAGUAUUUCUCUUGAGAUCUUGAAGCUUUUAUUACAAAGAUCAUUUUCUUUUCUUCAGAUGGGUCUUGAUGAUUCAUGCAACACAGGUCUUGUUCUUGGUUUAGGCUUCUCACCAACGCAUAAUAGUUACAAUUAUGCCAUCAAGAAGUCCUCCGCCACUGUUGACCACCAUGUCAAUCCGUCGUUGACCCUAAGCCUCUCCGGUGAGAGUUACAAGGUUGAGAUGACGGUCUCCGGUGCCGGAGACCAGAUUUAUGGGCAGACUUCGUCCCACAGCGGAAUCUCAUCGUUCUCGAGCGGAAGGAUAAAGAGAGAAAGAGAAGUUUGUGGCGACGGCGAAGAAGAGGCGGAGGAGACGGCGAAAAGAGUGGUGUGUUCGAGAGUGAGGGAUGAUCAUGAAAACGAAGAAGGUGUUAGUGCUCGUAAAAAGCUUAGACUCAAUAAACAACAAUCUGCUCUUCUUGAAGAUAGCUUCAAACUGCAUAGCACUCUUAAUCCCAAGCAAAAACAAGUUCUUGCGAGACAGUUGAAUCUAAGGCCCAGGCAAGUUGAAGUAUGGUUCCAAAACAGGAGAGCCAGGACAAAACUAAAGCAAACAGAAGUGGAUUGUGAGUUUUUGAAGAAAUGUUGUGAGACUUUGACGGAUGAGAAUAGAAGGCUUCUAAAAGAGCUCCAAGAUCUCAAGGCUUUAAAGAUGUCUCAACCUUUUUACAUGCAUAUGCCGCCGGCAACGCUAAUGAUGUGUCCUUCUUGUGAGAGACUCGGCGGUGGUGGUGCUGGAGGAGGCGGUGGAAGUACGGUGGCGGUUGAUGGAGGAACGGCGAAGGGAGCAUUCUCCAUCGUCACAAAGCCUCGCAUCUACAGCCCUUUCAUGAAGCCUUCUGCAGCUUGUUAAUUACUUAUUAAUUAAUUUGUUUCUGUUUUUUAUAUCUAAUUAGGAAUGGGGUAUACUCUUCAUAGAUAAGACUCUUCAACGAUCCCACUUAAUUUUUCGGUGGGAUCGUUCAUUGUUGGUUGAUGAAGAAAAAAGUUCGUAACUAUAGUUUUCAAUUUGUAGAGAAAAAAAGAAAUAAGAUAUAUAUAAUACCAGUACUUUUUUUUUU